UCCUUUGCCCCCAGCUUUGGUCACCCGACAUCACAAAGAAUGGCGCAACGCGCCAUUGAGAACGCGCCAUGGAGAUAGCAUGGCGAUGAGCAGCUCAUCCAGUGCCCAGCCCAGUGGAGGCAAAGAUCCCCCACAGCUGGCAGAGCGCUUCCUGCUGUUAGAUGAUGUGGUGGCCAAAGAGCUGAGCGACCUCGACUAUCCCUGGAACCUCAAGGCUAUUGAGGAAAGGAUCGUCGAGUACAGCUCAGUCUCGGAGGCGAUCAACCUCCAGCUUUCCGCCCGAGUGAUGCAAAACUACAACGACUUCGUCUCGGGGAUGCAGAUGGUUCAAUCGGUCGAAACGGAGCUUUCGUUGAUCGGUGUUCUCAUCAAGAACGGUCGCCGGAAACUGCAGAUUCACGACCAAGGCAUUCUGCGCGGCUCUAUGCAGAUUACGCGACAGCAGCGUCGACGUGAACGGCUGAAGGAGCUGUUGAGCCUUCUGGAUGACCUGCAGAGCGUUGUGGAGAUCCACGCGCGGCUCUGUGAGAGUAUUGAUGAUGACCGUUUUGCCGAGGCCAUAGUGCAGCAUUCCGUCCUGCGCGAUGCGUUGGCCAGUGCAGAGUAUCGACGCUUUCCCGGAGUGGUGGGUUUGCAACAAAGCAUGGCAAACAAUCUGACUCUGGUGCAGCAGAAGCUCAGCGAUCGGUUGAGGGUUUCUGCUGUGAGUGCCGACUUUGACGCAGAGAAGUAUGAGGAGGUGCUGAAGGCCUACAGUCUCCUGACGACCUCUGACCAGGCCAUCUCGGUCGGGAAGGAACUUCUGAGACACGUCAGUGAGUUUAUUGUGGCGGUUUCGCGGCAGUGUAUGUUGGCUUUUUCCUCCCGAAAUGAGUCGCCCGAUUGGCACAAAAGAGCUCAACUCAGAGAGCUGUGCAAGAGUAUGGAUCCAGCUCACGUGGUAGCUUGCAUUGUGCAGCUCUAUGAACAUCUCUGCAACUUCCUGUAUCGGCAUCAGUUUCUCUGUGCUUGGCACCUUUGUCGAAGCCAGGCGGCUGAAGAGGAGCUGGCUCCCAACGAGGCCUCGUUUCGUGAGUUGUUGCGACACGUGCACACCGAGCUCGUGGCGAGCAAGCGGAACGUCUGGCAGAGCCUGCAGCAGCAGGUGUCGCUGGUUCUGAUGACUUUGGAUUUUCAGUAUCCGGCUCUUUCAGAAGAAAGCUUCAUGCAAAUCUUGCACUUGACGCAGUUGCUCAUGGACGAGGGAGAUGCCUUCAUGGC